AUGAUCUAUGAUCUGUUAUUGGCUCUAUUGAUCUGGCGACCCGUUGCAACCCAAUAUUCACCUCGCCUUCCGAUCAAUAUUGUUGUUGGUCUUCCGAAGGAUGAGGGCCACGUGUUCAAAAAUCCAUUCAAGCUUACCCUCUCAAAAAGUCAACCAGUAUUCGAUGUGGCCGUUGAAGACGUCUAUCAGAAGUAUCAGCUGCUGCCGGCCGGAUCCUUACAUGUCGUUUACGAAGACACCCAGUUGAGCGACGCCAUUGCACCCCAACGAAUGGUGGAACACUACUGUAAUCGGUCAGUGGACGCUGUGAUGGGAAUGGCAUACGUGUAUGCUUUGGCUCCUGUAGCCCGGAUGAGCGCCUUCUGGUUCGGCGGUGUACCGGUGUUCACAACUUCGGGUUUGGUGGACGAGCUCGGCGACAGAAAGGAAUUCCCCUUGCUCACUCGAAUGAUGGGAACAUAUAGAACACUUGGAAAUCUGAUGUACGAGAUUGCACGGUCACUCAACUGGCACCAUAUCUAUUUUAUCUUCAAUGACGAGGCUGGCAUGGAAGGUGGAAAGGGCCUCCCCAGAUCAGAAUGCUACUUUUCUCUGAACGCAAUCCGUAAUCGCAUUCAGAAGGAGCUCAUCUGGCAUGUGGACAUGUUCUCGACUAGGAACGCAAGCCGUAAGAAGUACUCGGACCUGCUCAAGAAGGUCUCAAUGUCAAGCAAUAUAAGUGGAGAAAAUGACGUCUAUGUUGGCAUGACUGACAAUGUGCAGAACAAAAUGAGCAACAUCCCACAUGUGCAUGUUUAUUGA